UCCACCUCAGUUGACGGUGAACUAUUUCUUUCUUUGCUAAAUCCCUCUAUGGUCUUACAGUGAUUGACUGUAAUCACUAGCUCAAACAUGGCUGGAAGUGUACUGGGGAUGGCCUUUUCUCUUCUGCUCCUUGCCUCUAUUAUCCAAGGUGGCAAUAAUUCUGAGCAGUUUCUUUAUGAAACACUGGAGGCUGAGGUGGGCCAGAACAUCAGUAUACCUUGUGUCUUGAAAGACGGUGCUGAUCGCAAGAUUGUUGGUUUUAAAUGGAUGAAGAAUGGAGGAACAAACCUUGCCGUUUACAACCCAAUUCAUGGACAGUAUUUGUAUUGGCCUAACGUGACCAUGCAAGUGAAGAGAAAUUAUGUAAAAAAUUUAACUGGUACAGAGCUUUACCUCCCUUCGGUGAACAAAUGGGACAGUGGGAUCUAUAGUUGUGAGAUCACAAUAUUUGCUUCGGAAUCUUUUUUCAUCAAAACAACAUUAACAGUCAAAGAUGAAAUCAAACUAUUGUGCAAUGCCAACAAAGAUUUUGAGGUCCCCUUUGGAGACAAUGUUACAAUUCAAUGCACAGUGAACUCCAACGCACAGUACAGGUGGACCAAGGACAACAAGCUUGUGUCAGAGAACAAAUCCCUGGAGCUCUGGCAGGUGACAGAAGCCGAUGCAGGAGUGUAUGAGCUGACAGUAAACACAGGAAGCAAAAGCCUGCAUAAAGAGUUUAUUAUAUCCGUGCUGACUACAACCACAAGUUUAACGACAGGCUUGACAGAGUCAACUCAGGGUCCAACUGAUUCACCACACACCAGCGCUCCAAUAACCAGCACACUUUCAACAGAUAUGCUCUGGACCACUCAACCAAACUCCAGCACUGUUAUGGUCCCUGCAGCAGGGCAUGUAACCCCUUCAACAACUCCAUUAUCUGUUAGUGUCCCAUCGUCCCCAGACACACAAUCCGUCAGUAAUUACCUACGCAACUCUAGCAUGUCAAGCAAAGAUGUGACAGAGCUCACAUCAACAUGGAGAACAGCUAGUGAGGAGAUGAAGAAUGAGUCCAACAUUUACAGGCUGUCCACAAAGGACAUUCCCUCAACAAGCACGGCAGACUUCAGGACAACAGGGGACAUAUUACAAAGCUCUGGACACCGUGGAACUGUUCCAAUUGGCAGUGAAUCUGGACGGAGUCAUAUGCUGGUGGUGUUCAUCAUCAUUCUACUGCUGCUAUUGAUCAUCGGGGUUGUCAUUCUUUACAGGAGACAGCUGAUGAAAACAAGGAUGGACCUCCCGCCUCCAUUCAAACCACCUCCACCUCCUGUCAAGUACACAGCUGCAAGACAAAGUGAAACACAGGUUUUCCCCACUUCGAGGUGCAACUCCAUAGCAGAACCUAUGAGACCUAUCUUGUUGAAUCAAUGUUAACCUGCUUUUUGUGCAGGGUGCUGUA